CUGGCCGGCCCCCCACGCGAGCGCGCCGCCGGAGCCCGGCGGAGCCCCGAGCCGCCCCCGCCGUCGCUGCAGGCGCGGGGCCCCAGGGCGCUGGGCGCGGGACGGCGUCCGGAGCUGGCUGGGGCGCUCGGGCCUCGGCCGCGCGGCGGGAAGGAGGCCGCCCCUCGGGGCCGCGGGCUCGCUUGCGCCUCGGUGCUCGGCGCGCCGGACUCCGAGGGCAGCGCGGAGGAGGACGAGGACGCCGCUGACUACUACGAGAACCUGCCCGGCGGCUCCCGGUCCGCGCCGGAGCCCGAGGGGGCGGGGGCGGAGCGGUGGCCCCCGCCUCCCCCGGCGGCGGGCUCCUCCCCGGGGGCGGAGGGCGGCCGCCGGGAGACGGGCAGGCUGCAGACCCAGUUGCGAGAGGCCUAUCAUCUGCUGAUCCAGGCUAUGCACGACCUGCCCCCCGACGCGGGCGCGCGGCGGGGCUGGGCGGAUCGCUGCUGCCCCGCGGGAGCCCGGGCUCCGGGCCAGCCGCCUUCCGCCAGCGGCGCGGCGGACCGCCGAGCCGGCCCCCGAGACUGGGAGCGGGGAGCCCGGGGCCGCCCUUGGCAGCAGGUGUCCCUGCCCUGGUCGCCUCUGCGGGAGCCGUGGAGAGGCCGCCUGCGGACUCCUCGGAUGCGUCCGUCCUGCAGCAGAAGCCUCGAGAGCCUGCGGGUAGGUGCCAAGCCCGCUCCCUUCCAGCGGUGGCCGAGCGACAGCUGUAUCAGGUGCGGCGCGCGCGGGGACCGGGACGAGCCCCCGCCACGUGGAGGCGGGAUGGACGGCUGGCGUGGAGGCGGCGCGCCGGCCGCGAGUCCCCGCUCCAAGGACCCCGGCCGUUCCGCGGGAAGCACUUUAGGGGAUCCUGCUGGCUCCCCUGUGAUCUGCAGCAAAGGAGACGACCCAGAGGGGCUCCCCUUCCUGAAGCCGCCCGCGGUGACCGUCAAGAAGCUGCAGAAGUGGAUGUACAAAGGGCGCCUGCUGUCCCUGGGCAUGAAGGGUCGCGCCGGUGGGACACCCUCCAAAGUCACGGGAGCGCAGGACGCCUCUCCCAGUCCGGGAGCUUUGAAAAUGCGUGAAAGCCAAGUCCUCUCGGUGCCCCCAGACGAAAGAAUUACGCUGACAGAUUUAUUUGAAAAUGUUUAUGGUUCUACAAUGAAGAGAAGAGAACUUGAUGAUUUGAAGGGUAAUAUUGGAUUCAGAGAUCAUAAGCCACUUAACAGUAUCACUGUGUCAAAGAAACGCAAUUGGCUAUAUCAGAGUACUCUGCGAUCUUUCACUUUGGAGGAAGAAGAAAAUAAGAAAUACCAACAUAUAAGCCAUUUACCCAUCUCACCUGCCUCUCCACGUAAACCUCAGCUAUCACAACCUUUCCUCAAAUCAUCUGAAGAGUAUUGUAGGUAUGUGAUGUGUAAUGAUACAGAUUCUUCGUUAUCAAGAAACUGUUCUUUAGACUUUAAUGAGGAAAAUGAUGCAGAUGAUGAAGGGGAAAUAUGGUACAACCCCAUUCCUGAGGAUGAUGACGUUGGUAUAGCAAAUGCUUUGAGUUUGGGUGAGGCAAACUCUGCUGUUCUGAAGUUUCCUGCUGUCAGUUUGCGAGUAUUAGCCAGUGGCAACCUACUAAAAGCAGAGCCGCAUCCUGACGACGUGCUGUGCUCUUCUGAACACACAGGCAGUGUUCAGACCACACAGUCAAAUGCAAUGAAGCCUGUAGAUUCGAUCCAUUCCACAGAAUUUGUGCAGCAGUACAAGCAAAGGCUUGGACACAAGACACAAGACGGUAUAAUGGUGGACAACAAUCCCAUGUUGAAAUCUCCGUUUGCAGGUCCCGGGAUCCUAGCUGCUACAAAUAAGACUGAAUUGGGUGUUUUAGAAUCAUCUUCUCCAAGCCCUAGCCUUGUGAAAAAAGGCAGUUCGAUUAAUUGGUCUUUCCCGGAUAAAAUAAAAUCUCCACGCACUGUGAGGAAACUUUCCAUGAAAAUGAAAAGGUUGCCAGAACUUAGCCGAAAGCUGAGUGUUAAAGGAAACUUGAAUUACAUAAACAGUCCAGAUAAUACCCCUUCCUUGUCUAAAUGUGACUAUCAAGAAAUUCAUCAUACUGUUAUCCUGCCUUCUGGGAACACAACCACAGCUGCCAAGAGGAAUGUUAUAAGUCGGUACCACCUUGAUACCAGUGUGUCUUCUCAGCACAGCUAUCAGAAGAAACCCUCUCUGAGUUCUAAGUAUUCCUGCAGAGGUGGUUAUCUCAGUGAUGGAGAUUCGCCUGAACUCAUAACUAAAUCUAGCAAACAUGGACCUGAAAACAGAUUUGGGAAGGGAAAAGAAAUAAUUCCAAAUAGCUGUAGCAAGAGUGAAAUUGACAUUGAUGCUUUUAGACAUUAUAGCUUUUCUGAUCAACCUAAGUGUGCACAAUACAUAUCUGGGCUCAUGAGUGUGCAUUUCUAUGGUGCCGAGGAUUUAAAACCACCUCGGAUAGAUUCAAAAGAUGUCUUUUGCGCAAUCCAGGUAGAUUCAGUAAACAAAGCAAGAACUGCUUUGCUUACAUGUCGGACAACGUUUUUAGACAUGGAUCACACUUUCAACAUAGAAAUUGAAAAUGCUCAGCAUUUGAAGUUAGUAGUAUUUAGUUGGGAACCCACUCCAAGAAAAAAUCGAGUGUGCUGUCAUGGAACUGUUGUUCUCCCCACCUUAUUCAGAGUGACAAAGACACAUCAAUUGGCUGUCAAACUUGAACCUAGAGGCCUUAUUUAUAUAAAAGUGACUCUUUUGGAACAGUGGGAGAAUUCUCUUCAUGGACUAGAUAUAAAUCGAGAACCAGUAAUGUUUGGUGUUGAUAUUCGAAAAGUUGUAGAGAAAGAAAAUACAGGAUUGAUGGUGCCACUCCUGAUACAGAAAUGUAUUAUGGAAAUUGUAAAGAGAGGCUGCCAGGUAGUAGGCCUGUACCGAUUAUGUGGUUCGGCAGCAGUCAAGAAAGAACUUCGGGAGGCUUUUGAGAGAGAUAGCAAAGCUGUUGUUCUGUGUGAAAACCAGUACCCAGAUAUAAAUGUAAUAACAGGUGUUCUUAAGGAUUAUUUAAGAGAACUUCCUUCUCCGCUGAUAACAAAGCAGCUUUAUGAGGCUGUAUUAGACGCAAUGGCUAAAAAUCCCCUGAAAAUGUCAUCCAACAGUUGUGAGAACGAUCCAAGUGACUCUAAGUACACCGUGGGCCUGUUGGACUGCCUGCCUGAUGUUGAGAAGGCAACCCUAAAGAUGUUGUUGGAUCAUUUGAAAUUGGUGGCUUCUUACCAUGAAGUGAAUAAGAUGACCUGCCAGAACUUGGCUGUGUGCUUUGGACCAGUAUUACUAAGUCAGAGGCAAGAGACUUCCAACCACAACAACAGAGUCUUCACCGAUUCAGAAGAACUUGCAAGUGCUUUGGACUUUAAAAAACACAUUGAAGUUCUUCAUUACUUACUUCAGCUCUGGCCAGUGCAACGUUUACCUGUCAAAGAAUCGCCAGAACAGAAGUCUUCUCUGAAUUAUUUGAGGAAGAAGAAGGAACGACCUCAGAUGUUAAAUUUGAGUGGUACCGAUUCAUCAAGAGUACUUAGGCCACGGCACACCAGGUUAGACAGUCCACUUAGCAAUCGUUAUGCAGGAGACUGGAGCAGCUGCGGAGAAAACUACUUUUUAAAUACAAAAGAAAAUUUAAAUGACGUGGAUUAUGAUGAUGUCCCUUCAGAAGAUGGAGAAAAUUGCAGCAAAAUGUAUGGACCCGAUAUAAUGAUUAAACAGCCAAUUCCCUUGUCCAAAGAGUGCACAUUUCAGACAUAUUUGACAAUGCAGACAAUUGAGUCUACAGUGGAUCGAAAAGUCAAUCUCAAAGAUCUACAAGAAAGUAUUGAUACAUUGAUUGGAAAUCUGGAGCGUGAGCUCAACAAAAACAAGCUUAGUAUGAGUGUUUGAGAAUUUUUAUUUUUUCAUAAUGUUUAAAGUUUCAAAUCUUUCUCACAAGGGAUGUUUUUAUUUUUUUUUAUUCUUGAAGCCUUCAGUUAAUUUCUAAUAAGUUAAUGUGAUUCAAUUAAAAAUACUCAUAUUCACCAAUAUAAUUUUUACUUACCUUAUUAGAAAAUUUUACUUGGGGUAAAGAUAACUUGGACUUCUUGGAUAUAUUUUAAUAAAUCUUGCCAAUUCUUUGGAGAUAACUUUAAAUGCACUUACAGCAUUCACAUAAGUUAUUAGCCCCUCACAAUUUUUGUACUUUAUAGGAACUGCUCUUCUGUAGCUGAAACAGAUGUUCCUUUUAGAGGAAUAUUGCAGCUGCUCAGUUGGAUUUGCAGUAUGAGUACACUGCAACACCACUUGAUCACAUUUCAUUUGCAAUGCAAAUGCUGCUAUAUAAGAACCUUUUUGUAAAUGAAAGUAAAAAGUAUACAAAUAUUAAUGUAUUCUGUAUUAACAGUAAUUAUUUAAGCUUAUGGAAAUUAAAUAUUUUUAUAAUCCUGAAAAUAUGUAUAUAUUUAUAAGUGCAUAUAUGUGUAGCUAUUAAUGGGGGGAAGGAUUGGUUGCAGAAUCACAUGUAUCUUUAAAAUAUAUGUCAUGAGGCCAAAAUCAUUAGCUUAAGAAUGUUAUUUUCAGGGAAAGAACAUUUAAGUCAAAGGAGGAAUUGCAUAGAAACAAAUGAACCAAAAUACUAGAUGCAUCUGAGUAGAAUAGUAGACUAUAUUUGGUUUCCAGAAAGUCACAAUAUCCCCAGUGAGAAGUCAUCUUUUAAAGUGAAAUUCUCUAACUGAAAGGAUUAAGUGUCCAGAUUUCUGCACUGGUGACUUAGGUUAUAAAAAUGUUCACCUAUUCUAUGGAUAUUUAAGUUCUGCUUAAAAAAAAGUAAUUAUGCAUAAAACAUAUUUAUUUGUAAUAGUACGUUUAUAACAUUGACUUUAUAAUUACUCUCACUUGUUUCUAAAAAAUCUUGCCAACAUACUACAUGUUACUGAUUUUUAAAAAUUAACUUAUUUUGGCUAAGUAUAUCUACAGGGUAGUCAUUAUAGCAAUCACAGCAGCGUUUGAAUGUACAUUUAAAAGCGUUUUGUUUUAUUAAAUUGGAAUGUAUUUUUUAAAACUUUUAUAUCUAUGGUAUGUAUAAUUUUAAAAUUAUAAAUAAAAUUUGAAUUACCAACUUAAACAUGUAGCAGCCAUUAGGAAACCAGACUUCUUGAUGUUUUUCUAAAUAUUAAAGUAUUUAACUAUUUCUUUGCAAUACACAUUGGUAAAUAGAGCACCUUUUUAUUUCAUUUGAAUACUUGUUUUUUAAAUACCCAGAUAAAAAGCUGUUUUUAUGUGAAAUUUUCAAUUGUUAAGCUUUUGUAUAACAAUCUAGAAGAAUACCAAAAGAAUAUGUGAUAGGAAUAUGUUCUGAGUAAAUAGCCAAAAGAAAUGUACCUUAAAUAAUUUGUAGGAAGGCUAUCUCAGUCUUCUUCCUCCUGUUUGCUAUAUCAUGUACAGCGUAUGCAAUAAGUUGUUCCAAAAAUGUAAAACUUUUAUUAAAAUACUAUAACCUUGGUGUCA